AUGAACAUCCGCGUAGCGACGCCGCAAGAUUUGAUGAACACCCAGCACUGCAAUCUGCUGUGUCUACCGGAGAACUACCAGAUGAAAUACUACUUCUAUCACGCCCUUUCUUGGCCCCAGCUCUCAUUUGUUGCUGAAGAUCACAAGGGUAACAUUGUCGGCUAUGUUCUUGCAAAGAUGGAAGAUGAGAGUGAUGAAGAACCACACGGACAUAUCACUUCCCUUGCGGUGAAAAGGAGUUAUCGACGAUUGGGUAUCGCGCAGAAGCUGAUGGAUCAAACAGCGAGUGCUAUGAUUGAGACAUUUAAUGCUCGAUAUGUUUCUCUGCAUGUUCGCGUCAGCAAUCGUGCCGCUCUUAGCCUUUAUCAACAAACGCUCAAAUUUGAAAUUAACGACGUCGAACCAAAAUAUUACGCUGACGGAGAAGACGCCUAUGCGAUGAAGCGAUGUUUGAUUCAGGGUGGCUCUGGUAUGAAACGGGACACAGAUGGUGAUGUUGAACUACAAAUGCAAGAACAGGUAGCAAAAGGGAUCGAUGAUUUAACACGGAUGUCUCAAUCACUUGCGCAGAACUCAACGAAUGAGCCUCAACAACAUAGAAGAAAAAGAAACAGUCACGGCGAAAUCCUUAGGGUAGAGGAUGCAAAAUUGCGAAUACAAUCGCUCGAUGUAACGGUGGACCGAGACACCGAUAUCGCAAGUGUAGUAACGGUCGAAAGCAGCUAUGUUUUGUUUCUUCAGGUCAUCUUCCCUUUUACUAUCGCUGGCAUGGGAAUGGUUUUUGCGGGCACGGUCUUGGAUUUAGUGCAAUCAUGGUCCUUAUUCACUCAGGUUCCCGAAACGUUUAUUCUCGUCCCAGCUUUACUUGGCCUGAAAGGGAAUCUUGAAAUGACACUUGCCAGCAGACUUUCAACUUUGGCUAAUCUUGGUCACUUGGAUUCGCCUAAACAGAGAUGGGAUGUGAUUCGCGCUAACCUGGCUUUAAUUCAAGUUCAAGCAACGGUUAUUGCCUUUUUGGCCUCUGCGUUUGCGAUAGUUUUGGCUUGGAUACCGCAAGGACAGGUGGAUUGGUCCCAUGCCGCUCUUCUUUGUGCCUCAUCGUUAGCCACCGCUUGUUCGGCAUCUCUUAUCUUGUCAUUGCUGAUGUCUGUUGUUGUCUUGGCAUCUCGUCAUCUUAAUAUCAAUCCGGACAACGUUGCCACGCCCAUUGCUGCCUCACUUGGAGAUUUGACAACACUUGGGGUUCUUGCAUUGUUUGGAUCGAUCUUUUUGAUGGCACAUGAAUCCGAAUCGUGGCUAAACGUUUUGAUCAUCGUCAGUUUUCUCUUGAUGGCCCCGAUAUGGUUUCGGGUUGCCAGUCAUGACGAAGGAGCCCUUGAGGUUUUGUCAACUGGAUGGAGCCCAGUUAUUAUAGCUAUGCUCAUUUCUUCGGGAGGCGGAUUUGUUUUGGAAAGGGCAAUUCGACAGUUCCCGGCUAUUGCAUCUUUUCAGCCUGUGAUUAACGGUGUUGGAGGCAAUCUGGCUGCAGUUCAAGCUUCGAGACUAUCGACAUCUUAUCACCAAUCGGGAAGAAUUGGCGAACUACCGCAUGGUUGGACGCCAAGUCGAUUUCGAUCUGCAAAAAGAGCCUUUUUCACAAGUGAAUGGGAUUCGAGAAGUGCUCGCGUUUUGCUGUUACUUGUCGUUCCUGGUCAUAUGUUUUUCAACUGGAUGAUCCAACUUCUUCACUCGGGCACCGACCUUCCGCCAUCUGGAGCCUGGUUCACCACGUGUUAUUUAGUUGCAGCAGUUGCACAGGUUGUCAUUCUACUCUGGGUAUGUCAAUGGCUAGUGUCGUGGAUGUGGGCAAGAGGGACCGAUCCGGACAACGCAGCAAUUCCCUAUUUGACAGCUCUAGGCGAUCUUCUCGGCACCGUUCUUCUCUUCCUCGUUUUCAUCGCCGUCGACAGUGUAUCCGACAAGAAGAUUUUGACAAGUCCAACAAAGCAUGAUGUUCAUAUUAGAGCUUUUGUCGGACCCCACUUUAUGCUAAUUCGUUUCUUUGUUGUGCUAGCUACUAUGAUCAGUUUUGUAUGCAUGUUACCAAAGAUAAUCGCACAUAUCCUUUCGAAACCUAACAAAGAGAAAAGUGAG